GGCUCGAUGGAUUCGUGCCUGAUGAUAUGGAGUAUGAGACCUCAGAUGAGAGCCUAUCGCUUUGUGGGCCACAAAGACGCAGUGAUGUGUGUUCAGUUUUCACCUUCUGGUCACCUGGUGGCUUCAGGCUCUAGAGACAAAACAGUGCGGUUAUGGGUCCCCAGUGUCAAAGGAGAAUCCACCGUUUUCAAGGCUCAUACAGCAACUGUAAGAAGUGUUCAUUUCUCCAGCGAUGGCCAGUCUUUAGUUACAGCUUCGGAUGACAAAACAGUCAAAGUGUGGACAGUUCACAGGCAGAAGUUUCUAUUCUCACUUAGUCAACACAUAAACUGGGUUCGCUGUGCCAGAUUCUCUCCUGAUGGACGAUUGAUCGUGUCAGCCAGUGACGAUAAAACCGUCAAACUGUGGGAUAAAACCAGCAGGGAAUGUAUACACUCCUUCUGUGAGCACGGGGGGUUUGUGAAUCAUGUGGAUUUUCAUCCCAGUGGUACCUGCAUUGCUGCGGCUGGUACAGAUAACACAGUGAAGGUGUGGGACAUUAGGAUGAAUAGACUUCUUCAACAUUAUCAAGUGCACAGUGCUGUGGUAAACAGUCUUUCCUUUCACCCUUCUGGAAAUUAUCUGGUUACUGCUUCCAACGAUUCAACUCUUAAAAUUCUGGACUUGCUAGAAGGAAGACUUCUGUAUACUCUUCAUGGUCACCAGGGCCCAGCUACCUGCGUGGCAUUUUCAAGAGCUGGAGAGUUAUUUGCCUCUGGAGGUUCUGAUGAACAGGUGAUGGUGUGGAAGACUAACUUCGAUGCAGCAGAUUAUGGUGAUGUGCUGAAAACACAAAAGUCUGGGGCUAGUGUGGAUGGGACCCAUCACACUCUG